UCCAUAUUCCAUACUCAAUAAUACAUGCACAUAAUGGAUGCAGACAAUUUGGACGCAGUUGUGAGUCACGUGGGCGGCUUAGGAUUAUAUCAAAUACUUUGGGUAAUAAUUUUCCUCAUUCCUCUAAGCUUGGGUGCAGCCAACCUCGCAGCUUCAAUCUUUCAGGCAAUGAAUCCAAGAGUGAGAUGUAAAUCUCCAUUUGAGCCAACUUUCCGGAAUGCCUGUUCUACAAACUUUGGUAAAUUUUUAUUCCCAGAAGAAAGAGGAGAAUUAUCAAAAUGCUCAAGAUUUGAUUUAUCUGGAACAGACUGGAUUGCACUAGCUAAUUCAUCUGAUGACAUCUUUACGAUCAACUGCAACUCAACAAUGAAUGAAACAAUUCCUUCAGUAAAAUGCACAGAAUGGGAGUUCGAUCGCUCUAUCAUGCAAUCCACCAUUGUUACUGAAUUCAAUCUAGUUUGUGCGGACAGAUGGGCUGGAUAUUUUGCGCAAUCAGCCUUAAUGUUAGGUGUUGGAAUCGGAAGCUUGGUGGCCGGAUUCGUAUCGGAUCGGAUCGGAAGGCGAAUAGCGUUUCUUAUUGUAUGUGCAGGAGCAGCCAUAUUUGGAGUUUCUCUGUCCUUUACGCAAAAUUACGCAACAUUUUGCACAAUGCGAUUUUUCGUUGGUUUCUUCAUCUAUAGUGCUUUCCCUAUUACAUUCGUACUAAUCGCCGAAAUCACUCUGCCAAAAUAUAGAACAUUGCUGGGCCAAGUUCUGGAGUUGUCUUUUCCCUUGGGGUUUAUGCUGGUGGCAAUGAUUUCAUAUUACCUACGAGAAUGGAGAACAAUUCAGCUUGCUAUAUCAGCACCUUACCUCAUAGGAAUAUUGAUAUGGUGGUUAAUGCCAGAAUCUCCAAGGUGGCUUGUUCAAAGAAAUAGAAAAAAGGAGGCGUUAAAAGUUUUGAGUGGAAUAGCUCGAAUAAAUCGAAUGCCAAAGAUUUCUGAACAAGAUGCAUUCGGAACGGUUGGAAAGGAAAUUAAAAACGAGACAGAAAUAGAAAACAAAUCCGGCGCAAAGGCAGUGUUCAAGUCUCCACAUCUUCGCUCAACAACCUUCAAGGAAUUCUACAUUUGGUUUUCAGUAUCAUGUGUAUACUACGGACUUACUUUGAAUGCGGCUGAACUAGAUGGCGAUCCAUUUCGGAAUGUAUGCCUGAAUGCGCUUGCCGAAAUAAUUUCCAAUUUUUUAGCUAUACCGUUGAUUAAUUAUUUUGGAAGAAGGCUUAGCGGCUCUGUCGCACAAUUAAGUGCUGGAAUGCUGUGUAUUAUUUUACCGUUUGUUCCGGGAGCCAUGCUUCCGAUUGCCAUCCUGGGGAAGUUUGCCAUCGCUGUUGGAUUUUCAGCAACGUACAUUCAUACAAAUGAAAUCUAUCCGACAUCUGUCAGGACUAUGGGACUGUGUGCUUGCAACUUGAUGGCUCGCGUAGGUGGUGUUUUAUCUCCGAUUAUAGCAAUGUCAGGAGAAGUGAUGACUUUCUUGCCAUAUAUUAUUUUUGGAAUAAUUUCUACUAUUGCAGGUGGCCUAUGUUUAACACUUCCGGAGACAAAGGGAAAGAAACUUCCACAAACUAUCGAGGACGGCGAAGAGAUUAUUAUGAAGGAUUCGAGUAUAUUUGGAAAGUACAGGAAACAAGAGAGCAAUGCUCAAAUAUAAAGACACGAAGAUCAAAUGACUAAUAUACAGUAAUACAGCCAAACGUUCAAGAUUUGUACAGAAUGUCAUAAGUAAUAUUUAGAAGGCACAGAAUUCGGCGCUCCAGAAGUGUGUGUACCAAUAUGGAGGUAACUAAUUUUGUUCGCCUACUUUACAUGAAGUUGUGUAAAAGGACUGACACCUAUGGGCUUACCUGGCUAAUACAGACGGUCUCCGAAUUCAUAAUAGAACUAAAAUAAAGGACCUCGGAAUAAAAUUAUGGCCCAACCCUAACCUGGUACACACACUACGGGAGUACCCAGAAUUCAAUAUAAAGGCAUACCCGUGAUUUAGAUAAACCAGCAAAACCAAUGAGAGAAUCUUUGGAAACGGCAAGAUCCUACUUGCGAUUUCUUUCAAAUUUUAACACUGAAAAUGCAUUGGCUCGUUACAUACAAUCGGAGAAAUGCCACUUUUCAUAACACUAAGAACCCAAGCCUGACCAGCAGCAAUUCAACAAAACGAUCUUAGACGCGCUUCAUAUUCAAUACUAGAAAGAGAGCAAUGCUCAAAUAUAUGAAUACGAAGAUCGCACGCUGGUACCGGUUCGUUUAGGCCUCAGAUCACCGCAUUACUGACAAGACCGACAGUUAAUCGUUACGGAGGCGGGCAAAUGUGACGGAACAAAAGUAUGUUCUCUUUAAUUAAAAUAAAACUUCAAAAGGAUCAUAUAGGACGUGAAUGGUUCUUAGUUUCCGAUGUCAAACAGACAUUUUGAAAUGCAAUAUAAUAGUUUGUUCUGAAAGAUCUUAUGGUAUAUAACAUGAUAUGUGCAUAAAUAUAAUCGGAAAAGAAAUAAGA